UCAACUGAACACCUUAGACUACAUGUACAACACGCUAUGGAAUUAUGUUACAAUUAUACUAAUAGUAAAAUAACUUGAAUGCCACCAUGGAUUUAGCUUUUGUACAAAUCCCAGUGAGUGUGCAUACCUUCAUCUCCACGCAUUUUCCAGAUGAUAUAAAAGUGAUGGCGGAUUCAGACAGCGAUGGAAUCCCUGAUUUAGUGGACUCCUCUGACGAGGAACCCUCACCAGACACACCAGAAAAAACAUUCACUGAUUAUGCCAAUAUUUGGCUGAAGAAGAGCACCAAGUUCCUAGACAAACAGGAGAGUAACAUCCGCGUGUUUGCCAUGGGACCCUUCCUGUUCGCAGUUAACAGUAUAGUCCCUGCCUCGUGGAUGGAACUGGUCCGGAACUCAGGACUUAUAAAGUACAAAAAGAGAGAGACAGAAUUAUCCAGCCUUGACUGGGAGGAAUGGGCUAUUACCGACUUGGUAGAAGCCAUCACAGCAUUCAUGAUCAGGAAAUUGAGGAAGAAGAAUUUCCUGUUGCAGCUUCUGGAGUGUAUAAAUGAGAUUGAUAAUCAAAAAGCUGAAGCUCUUACGUACAGUGUCUGUUUUUCCAGUGUGCAAAAAUUUGAUCUUAUGGUCAAACUAUGUGUAAAAGCCAUGAAGGUACCGCCUAGUAAAUUGAGAGAGAAGGAGGCCAAGUGUGCAGUUCUUUACAUCGCUAAAUUGUAUGAAAUGGUGGUUAUGUCCUUGGCUAGAGACGCAAAAGAUUUCGCAGAAGAAAAGAGAAAAAGUAUUCGCUCAAAGGAUGCCACUGAUCCUUUGAAGUUCAAGGAUGCUGGUAACGAGCAGUACCAGCACGGGAAGUUUGAGACGGCCAUAGACUACUAUACAAAGGCCGCCAAAGCAGACCCUUUUAACCACAUUUUCUUCGGCAACAGAGCACAGACUUACAACCGACUGAAGAAGUACAGGGAAGCGUUAGCUGAUGGAAGACGAGCUGUCACACUUAAACCUGACUGGCCCAAGGGCCACUACCGAUUUGCUCAAGCGUUUAAUGAACUUGGACGCCUGGAUCAGGCCAUAGCUGUCAACAAGAAAGGUCUGGAUAUCUGUAAGAACAACAAACAUGCAUCAGACAGUAACAUCCGCGACCUGGAGCAUCAGGGAAAGGACUUUCGGUACGAGAAGGACAAAAAACUAACUGACGAAAAGCUAAGGAAGGUUUUAGAGGAAAAUGCGUUUGAUGAUGAGGACGAGGCAAAUUUACCGCCUCAGAUAAGGAAUCUUCCAGGGGAGAAACGAAUCAUCAACUUGUCAAGGGCAUUUAAAGCCAUGGAUGAGGAGUUAGAAAAGCUGCCGACAGACUACGAACGAGACGACACUUCCUCCUCAGACGAGGACCCUUAUGAAUUGGUCAAUGAUGAUGAAGAGGAGAAGGCUGACCCACGGAAUCCAUCAUGGAGACAAGUAAAGAUCCCUGUUCCUGAGGUUAUUCCAGUUGUGAAGCAGAAUGGACACAGUUCACCUACGGUGCUGCAGAAGACGAAUGGUAAGAAGAAGCCGGAUGUUCCUGUCAAGGCUUCCGAGAUGGAGGAGCUGGAAAGGAUUCUAGAGGAUGCCAACGAUGCUUAUUCACGGGGUGUUCUACAGAACGCAGCCACUAACUUCGGAAAGGCUCUAGAGCUCGUAAACCAGUACAAACCCAAGCACUUUAACAUGAACACCCAUGAUGUGGUGGCUCUCAAGUAUGCCUACGGAGAAUCAGCAGUGUGCACUGGUAUAUGCAAGUAUAUAAUGGAUGGCAUGGAGAAGUUUGAGGACAUUCUAGCUAACCACCAGGAGACAAAGUUCCCUCUUGCCCAUUACGGUCGUGCAAAAGCAUUGGUUGCUCUUAACAGAUUUUCCGAGGCAAAGGUGCCCUUGGCAACUGCAUGGAAGAUCACUAACAACACCAAACUCACCCAUGUCUCCUGGCCAGGCACCAAGAACAAGAUCGAGGAAAACACUCACAAUGUUCUCGUGAAACGCAUCGAGGAGUUAAAGCUGCAAUGUAAAUACCCACCACCAGCUGAUGCACACUGUCGUUACCAUAGCGAUGAUGAGGACACGAGGACCGUCAUCUAUUUCAUGGAUCCAGACUUUAAGGGCUUUGUAAGGAUUCGCUGUGACUCGCAGUGUAUAAUAGAGUUUCACACUCAAUGCUGGAAGGUCUACAAGUGUAAAUUUGGAGACAUGGACCGAACCGCAGAUAAGGAAAUGCUGGAGAAGAAUUGUCCUACUCCGGAAUGUCAUGCUGUCAUUAUAAAGAUUGUUAUAUUCAAACAAGACAAGACAACUAAGGAGAUUGAUUCUGACAAAAGUCACAAACCUCCAGUGAAGCCCAGGGUUCCUCCCAAAAAGCUGCCAGCAUGCAGUGAAUACAAAAUUAACAGAAAGUUAGAGAAGAAAGAGUUGAGGAGGAAGAGGAAACAAGAACUGAAGGAGGAGGCAGAUGAUUUGGUGGAGGACAUUGACUCCAUGUUAGAGUCGGACAAAACAAAGGAGAAGGAGGAGAAAACAGCGGAGAAGUCGGAACCAGCUGAAGCAGUUGCAGAGGUUAAUCCAGAAAAAAAGGAGAAACCUAUAGAAGGAACAGAGCCUGGAGAGAAAAAUCCCACAACAACAGCAGUCCUGCGCCGAGAUGAUGAAAAUGAUAAUAUGGAUAAAUACAAGAUCACAAAGAAACAAAAGCCUAAGAGGAAGAAGGAGAGAGAACGCACGAAGCCAACAGUGCUCUCCCUGGAGGUGAACUUUACUGAUGACCAUGAGAAGCAGCUUUACGGGGAACAUAACGCCGACGAGGCAGAGGAGCAUCAAUAUCAAAGAAGUGGACGCGAACCCUUUCGUGUACCCAACAACCUUGAGCCCUCCGUCAAAGCCUUUGAGCAGUCCUACCACAAUUACGAGAUUCCAUUUGAUGAUAUCACAGACAAUCUUUUUGAUUUCUUUGAAGAUUUGUUACGGGCUCAUGGACCUCUUCAUGUCGAGGAUACUAAAAUAACCUCAAUGUUUGAAGAUUUCCCUCCAGAGGCAAAGGAACGUGUGAUGAAGGUUGGCGGACUUAGUGCAUUCUUACAACAGUCAAAGAAGUUUGCAAUGAUUGACAGCAUUGUGUGUCUGCUGGUUGACGCCGGUAAAGCUCGCUCGAUCUCAGUGGCUCGCGACAAAUCAAAGAAUGCCAUACUUAGUGGUGAAAAGACUGAAACCUUAAAUCCAAAUGCUACUGAAUUUGAACCUAAACAAAGACAAAAUGCUUGGAAUAUCAAAAGGGGGGAUAACUCUGAUGUUAAAAACGGAGCCAGUACAAGUGAAAUUGAAUCGAGUGUUAAAACCAAAGUGACUGCUAGUACACAUUUGUUUCCAGAGAAAUCUAAGUCGUAUAGGAAUGGUGGGGGUAUAGAUUCCUUGGACGAUUUUAAUUUAAACAGUCCUGUGAAACAUGCAAAGCCUGAAGCGAGAAUGCAUGAUCUGGAUAGUCUUGAUUCUAUUGACGAUAUUGAUAUUUUUAAGCGGCCUAAGGGAAACAACUCUAUGGAUGCUUGUGAGGACAUUCGCUGGGCAUCGGAAAAUGAUACGGAGAGUGUGAAAAGCAAUAUAUCUGACCGGGAAAGCAUAAGUAGUCGCGGGGACUUGUUAGAGGGGAGGUGGGGAGAUGACCGACAGGACUUGCCAAGUAAGAUCCUCAGUGUGGAUAGUAAGCUGGAUUUGAUGAGUCGUAGCAGCUCCAGGUCGGACAUGAGUGAACGUAGUAGUGAUAUAUCAGACCUAAUGACUAAGUCCUAUAAAAGUGAUCGUUUCAGUUCUAUUGAUAAAUCAGAUGUUUCAGAAUUGAUGGCCAAUACCUACGGGGCUCCCGGUGACAUGUCGUCACCGAGCAUGUCACCGGGCCCCACAUCCUGGCCAGCUCCAGGGUCACCGGCUGUCAGACAGGGGUUCGGACCCAUUGGGUCUCCGGUGCCCUCUGCUAUGGACAAUACACCUAGCUCUAUGGCCGUAAACAGACCAGCACCUAUAGGUUCCCCGCUGGCUAACAUGUCUCGACGGGGCGAGGUAAAUAUAUCUCCAUCAGUAUCGCCUGGCAUUAUUCGCCCUCCUCCUAUCGGGUCAAAUUUUGCCCACACACUCAAGGAGGAGGUCUCCAUGGCUACACAGAAGGAGUGCCAGCGUAUGGACAAUAAAUUUGUGUACGAGUUGGCAAAUGAUACUGUGACCGAAAUGCUGACAAACGGCAUGAUCCCCGAAUCAGAGCGGACCAAGACUCUCGAACAGGUCAGCCAAGAUAUCUGGCAGGAUAUGAAUUCACAGAAAAACGUGCGUCAGUCUCGGGCAAAAACCAAGAAAAGUAUGGUGGAUCAGUACAUGAAAAACCAUUAUGAGAAAAAGAAGGAUUAUCCAUUGAAUAUGACAGGUUUUCCUUCAGUGACGACCAGUAGUAUUUGGUCAACAGGUGAUGACUCUAUCAAGAAUUCAGACCUUUCCUUUCACUCCUUCCCCCCUCCACCCAUUGCCAUGCCACCGUCUGUGUCUCCAUACUCGCCCUAUGUACCUUCAUCCUUUAGUGUGGGACAGAACAGCUCAUCAGCCUCUAACGUAUUCACACAGCCCCCACCCCUGUCCAACGCCUAUUCUCUUACCAGGCCUUCCCUUCAGCAAUUCCCACCACGCACUGUGACAACUACAGUGGCCGUUCAAGUUUCCGUGGAAACCAAGACAACCAGUACCCUGACGGACCCUUAUGAGCCCUACAAGGAUGACCUAAUUCGGGCCAUUAGGGAAACAGAUCACCUCCAGGGGGAGCUACAAGUUGCCACAAAACAACUACAGGAACUUACAAUGUUGCUGCAGAAACGAAAUCAUGAUUAUAAGAACAUGGAAAUAGACCUAAACAACAGGAGUGAGAUAUUUGAAAAGAAUCAGAAACUGUUUGAGGAGAAAUACACAGCAAUGAUCGGCGAACUGAGUCGUCUCCAGCAGCAGUUGGCUCAUAGCCAGGAGGAUAUUACCAAGUACCAGGGUAAACUACAAGAAGCUGAACAGACAAUGGGCCUGUAUGAGAAAGCUCGUAAACAGGACAAAGACAAGAUUUUGAGGAUAUCAGCAGAGAAGGACGAAGCUAUGGCGAGUGUUGGACAGUUAAAGAAAUCACAUGAUCAUGAUGUUGAUCGCGCCACCAGUGCAGAGGUUGAGGUACUGAAGCUGAGAAAACAGUUUACAUUGUCGAUGUUAGAACGUAGUCAGAAGGAAGCAGUUUUCCAUCAACGGCGGCUCGGUUCAAUGAUGCAGAAAAUGUUGGAGCAAAACCAGACAGUCCCAACACACUUUCAGCAGGUGAUGGACCAUUACAAGGUGAUCACACCAAAGUGUGAAGAUACCAUCAUCAGACUAACGCGUGAAUUUGAAGACCAGAUACAGCAGAUAAAGAGUGGGAGGUGUCUGUCAGAGUUACCAGAGAUCCAUAUCCCUCCUCCGCCUCCAGCUCCACCCGUUCUACAACAUUCCCAGCUAAUGGUAGGAGGAACACCAGGCUCGCCACUGUCCUUAACAGGCACAAAGGCAGGGGGAGAUAACUCGCCUGAAGGAGACAGCCUGUCGCCGUUCACAAUGCCAUCAGUUCACGACAUCAAUAUGGAACAGACUGCUGGCAGGGUCAAAGCUGCUGAGAAACUAAUGCCACCAAAGCCCCUUGCUCCUCCCAGCGGUCCCCAGCCACGUCCGCUGGCACCGCCCACAAGGACACUAGGGUUCCUCCCUCCGCGUCCAUUAGGCCCACGCCCACCACUGACAGCUGGGGUACGUCCCACACUUAGACCGGGACUUCCUAUGGGCCAGCCGAAGCAGAACAGCUUUGAGAAACUGCUAGCUAAACUACAAGUGACUGUCCCUAAGUAUAACAGGCCGGUGUUUGUGCGACUGAUCCAGGAGCUGAGACAGGCCAAAGGCGGUUCUCUGUCGGGGGCGACCAUGGACCAGAUUGUAAACCAGAUUGUAGAGCUUAUUCAUACUCACGAACAGAGAAAACAACAGCCCUCACAGACAUCUUUAGCUCAGAGGCCUACAGCCCCAAAGCCUAUUGCCCCACCACCGGGCCUAGCGACCAAUUGGGCAUUCUCAGCCUCUGACGGUACAGGUGAGGUGUUCGAGGAAGAUGAGGACCCCUGUGUGAUUUGCUAUGAGGAAAUGACUCCGAUGACCACACGCACCCUGGACUGUAGUCACAGGUUCCAUGACAAGUGUAUUCGUAAGUGGCUGAAGGAGCAGAGCACCUGCCCCAACUGUAGGGACCACACACUGCUGUCAGACGAGUUCCCGCCUCUCAAGUGAACGUCAUCUUUUGGGAAACCCUCAAGUUGGCUUCAGCAGUUAAGCUUCCAAUGAGCUCCAACCUUUGAAUCUUUCAUCCUGCAAAUGAACUCGUCACUUUAUUUCAUGAUGGCUUCAUCAGUCAUCCAUCAAGAAAGCUUCAUGUUAUUAGACAAGUGGGCUUAAUACAAUUUUAAGCUGCAUCAUAAAUCUUAUGUGAUUUUAAUAUUGGACUUCAAGCCGCUUCACAAACUCGCCUUCAAGGGUUUGGACAGUAUCCUGAUGGAGAAAUAUGAACAGCUCUGCUGAGAGGGAUAUUGACAGCUCUGCUGAGAGACUGAAAUUGGAGUACUUUGAACAACGUAGCUGAAUGUAAACUUAAUUUAUUACUGAUUGAUGUUGUUUUUAAUAUUAUCAAUUUUGUAAUUGGUUUGUAAUUUUACUAGAAAACUAUUACUGAUUUUGUUUUCUAUUUAUAUUUUAUUUUUCAAGUUCUAUUUUAAUCCAUGUGUUGUUUUACCAGAUUGUAUGUUUGUCAUGAUACCAUGUACUAUACCUGUAGUUCAGGAUCUCUCCAGUAGAUUCCUUUUCUUGAUAUCUAGCCGUUUCAGAAAACAAGAAAUACUUUCCUGUAAGAGAUAUGUUCAUUAGAAGAUAUAUGUGGCUCUGUAUCAAUUGGUUUUAUGCUUCAAUAACACAUGUGUAAGUGUUUACCUGAUCAAACCCAACCACCAGUAUACAGCUAGCUUGUCGAUAGUUAUCACAUGUCUAUAACUACCGGUAACACUGGGAUUCAUUUAAAAUCAAAAACGUUCUCGGGUUUCAAAACUUUUUUUGUUUCCCAAGAGUCGGCACAACUUUUCAGCAAUAAGGUUUUCAGUUUUGUUUCAAUGAACAUAAAUCGGCUAUUGUAUGUACAUCACUAAAUACUGGCUUGAUAGCUUAAUGGCCAUUGUUUAUAGCUGCAACUUGUCAAUAAAUACUGUCUGGCUUAAUAAUAGCUAGCACCUGGUGUGUUAUUACUUACCUGUACUUGGUGAUCAGAUUAAGAAUUAGUCGAAUCUGUCUAUACUGAGUUACAAUGAUAAGCUUGCCUUUCUCCCUUAUGCCUUUCAUUGAAAGGGAUGAUAAUUGUUAUCCUAUUUUAAAAUAUGGACAUAAAAUUCUCGGUAAUUCAAAGUCAUUUCAUUCAUGGUUGAUGCUUUUCUAGGAAAAUAUAAGUUUUUCAUUAUUGUUAAAAUUAGAUUAAAUCAAAAAUUUGGUCUUUGAUAGUCAGUAUGCUGUCAUGAAUUCAUUUCCUUUCGUUUUUAAUUUCGUAUCCAUUUUCAUUCACAGACAGUUACACAUCAGAAAGACUGAUCAAAAAUGAUGACAGAACAAUUCAGUGUUUAUUUCACAGGUUGUACAAGAUCCUGCAACGAAGCAAAGUUUGAAUACCAUACUAAGGUGAACCUUGACCUAUGUAAUCACAUCUAGGUGUGUAGAAUAUAUUUAUUAUCUCUUUAAGUUUGGAGCUAAGGUAUAAGUUUUGCUACAAAUCUGAGAGGGAACUGUUUUCAUAUUUGUUCUUGUUGUAAACUUUUUGUGUCGAUCACAUUACUCCCAGAUCUAGGGAGAAACCAUCUUCACCAAAAAAAAGGGUUGGUAUUUUUCAAGCACUUUUUCUUUAAAAAAAUUUAAGGGUUGAUGUUUCUGUUUCACAUUGGGAAAAAACGACAAAGACUUGCAAGGCCUGCAUAAACGUUAGCAGGUCUGCCAGGGUUUAUACCUGAAAAUGGUACAUUCAAAAACAAACAAACCUGUUGUUCCGCAUAAAUAAACUGGCCCCACGUCUGUAUUGCCAGUCAAGACAAGUGAUAAACAUUUCUCGAGAUCUUCCUGCCACAUAUUGUCAGAUUUUAAUAUAAUAUCUCAAACUAUGUAUUGGUGUAUAUUUCUGUGUUAACUCAUUCACCCCCUGACACUUCAUAAUGAACUAUUCCACCCUUUGAAUUGGAAGGGUUCAGAUGUGUCUUCGGGGGUGAAUGAGUUAUUAAGUAAUUAUAUCCUUGUUUGAUCAUGUUAUUGUUUUCUGAUGUUGUUUAAAAUCCAGAAAUGGGUAUUUCCAUUAUAGGUGAUCUCAACUUAUUAAAAUUACAGCAUCGUGUUACAGCCUGGUACUCAAAUACAUAAUGCUGGUAAUUCUGAAUCCAAAAAUGUUAAGCAAUGCAAUUUUUUGUUCAUUUUGGGGAAAAACUAGUCACAAAUAAAACAUUUGAAUGUAAAAUAUAUCAUUGUAUAUCUUUUUGACUUGUUAAAUAAAAUGUCAUGCAUCUUGGAAUAAUAAGCCAUUGAAAGAUUUUUGUACAUCAUCUCUUCAAAUGAAUUUUUAUAUCAACUUUUAUUGAAAAUUUUCGUCUGGUAAAGUAUGGUGUGUGAAGUAAAAUCAUGCUACCACUCCAGACUACUGAAUCACCAGCUAUUGCGUCUUUGCGUAUUGCAGAGUUAUCUUAUCUUGGGAGCAGGUAUUGACUGUUACGUCACUUGUUUGUGAGAGUAACG